AUGAUUGACCAUUCCCGUGACAAUGAGCCUAUCGUCUAUGACAACGACCACCUUGGAGGGUCUGACCACGAAGACGUUGAAAAGCCGCUACCACACCACGGCCGGCUGAGACGCGCUGGACUGCCCCGGCCGGGCUUCUCUCUUACCGACAACUGGAGCUCUAUAGAAGAGCUUAACGUCGAUGAGCAAAAAGAGGACAGCACCGACAACGUCGCUAUCGACGAUGGCGACGACCUAGUCUGGACCCAGUAUCUUGCGGAAACGACCGGCGUAAUCAUCCCGAUGGGCCAAGGCAUCGACCACGAUAUGCAGAUCCGUGUUUUCGCUCGUGGAGAUGAUUGA